GGUUUAUCAGAUUAAUCCCCUUUGAAUUUCUUCCACAUAUCCAAUUGCAGCCCAACAACAACAACAACAAUUUUGUCAGAAAUGUACCACUGCAGCCGAAGAUUGCGAGCGACGUUUACCUGGGUCCGACUCCAGAAACAACAACCCUUUUGCUCCAAACCUCCCCAACCCCAUGAUGGUCUGAGCUCAUACAACGAGUCGUUGAAGAAGCUUGACAAGAUGGACUUGGUCACUGCCGCUAAGAUGCUCUUCACUGACCCUCCCUCUAAGACAAAGAAAUUUGGGCUUGAUUUCCAUCUGGUACAACUAUUCUUUGCCUGUAUGCCUUCGUUGGCUGUAUAUCUGGUGGCUCAGUAUGCUCGCUAUGAAAUGAGAAAAAUGGAAGCAGAACAUGAACAAAAAAGAAAGAAACAAGAAGAGGAGAAAGCAGAAGAAAUAGAAGUAAAUGCUACUAAAGAAAAAGAAGCAAGCUCAGUUCCAGAACUUUUGGAGGUGAGAGAAAGAUUAGAAAAACUUGAAGAAACUGUGAAAGAAAUUGCAGUUGAGACGAAGAAGAAACAAACGGUCCAUGGCCAAGCAAAAGGUCAUGAAGGUGACAUUGCAAAGAAAAGUUUUGGAACAGAGGCAAGUACCCUGAGCAGCUCAGAUUCUAGCAAACCAGUUGAGAAAGACCCCAUCAAACAGGAUUCUAUAGAGUCAAGGGCAGCUGCGGCGGGCACAGAUAGGUUAAAUGGGCCAGCAAAAGUUCCUAAUGCUUCUGCAGAGGGCAAGAUCCAAGAUGGCGGGACUUCUCCAGAUGCUAAAAGAUGAAUAAAACUUGUAACAGUGCUUCAUUGUCUAUGGUUUUCUGAGUAGCAUAGGCUAAAGGGGAACACAAUUAUUGAACAGUUUUAAUGGAUUCAUAGGUAGGAUGCAACUUCAAUGUACUUCAGCUUGCAAGGAAGUAGAGUGUGUU